CACAUUAUUUUUCUUGUCAUUUUUUUUCCCAACAAUAAAUCAUUGAACCUUUAUGAUAUUUGACUUUUCAGUCAAACUUUAAAAUAUGAGUGUGUUUAAAACAAAUUUAUUGAAGGCUUUUCGAAUGUUUGAUGGUCAAAGCUGCAGGCUGGGAAAUAAAAAAAGAGAUUGCAUCUUACAUUCUCCGAUGGAAACUUAAAAGAAAAACAUAAGGAUUGUUUCUCUUUCAUCGCUAUUUCAAAACAAUGAAGUUCAAGUAAUAUUAUAUGGACAAAAAAAUAUGUAUCUACAUUCAGUUGAGAAUAUCUUUAAGCCAUGCUUGUAUGAAUGUUCCAAGUUAUUCAUAAUGAUGAUGGCAUCAUAUAUCAAGAAGUCUUAUAAGUUUGAAAGUAUACCAAUAAUCAUUUUUCCCUGAAUGAAUGUAAUUUAAUAAUGCUGUUACUUAUUGCAUUAUUCAAUGCUUCAAAAAUGUAAAACUUGUAACCAGAUGUGAUGACCAAGUCAUUGUCAAAAUAUGUAUAUUAUAAAGUCAAGUUCACUUUGGACAUCUUCCUAAAGAAAUGGCCAACUGGGUGAUGGUGCUUUUUUUCCUCUACACUAUUAAAAGAAUUAUUAGUUACACAGCUCCAGAAGAUUGUGAGUGGACUGCCUUAAAUGAUAAUGAUGUAUCCUUGACUUGCCAUCUUGAAAGGAUUGUUGCUUCUGGUGUUCUUGCAACUAAUUUCUCCUUAAUUCAAAGUCAAUCUACUUCUUCUUUAACAAUUAUUUGUGAUCCCAUGUACUUCGAAAGCCACCUUGCACCACUGUCAUUUGUUCAUCUGCGAUAUUUGAAGUCUUUAAAUAUUUAUCAAUGCAAGUUAAAAUAUUUGUCAAAGGAAGCAUUUAUAGGAUUGGAAAAUUUAAGAAAUUUGUCUAUUCAAACCACUAAUAACUAUUGGAAAAUAUUUUCGCUUAAUAUGGAUGAUAAUAGCCUGGAUGAAAUGCAACAAUUAGCUGUUCUUAAUUUAGCUUAUAACAACCUUCAAAAUUUUUCUGAUGCAUUAUUAUGCGAACUUAAUUCUCUUAAAAUUUUAAAUUUGACUCAUAAUGAUCUAUCUACAAUCUUGUCAAAAGAUAAUGUUUCUGAUUAUGAAGGAAGUAGAAACUGUGCCGGUAGUUUAUCUGAAUUGGAUCUGUCAUUUAACAAAAUUAACAGAAUAACUCCUAAAAACCUCCAAAAACUAAGAAAGUUGCGUCUUUUAAAUUUAGCACACAACAACAUUGAAGAUGUGGAUGCAUUUUUGUUCACAAAUUUUGAGUUUCUGCAAAUAAUUGAUUUGUCCAACAACAUGUUAAAAAAGAUUCCAGCUGUAUUAUUUCAAGAUUCCCCUGAUUUAAGAGAAAUAUAUUUGCAAGAUAAUGCUAUCUACAGUAUUCCAUCUGGUUUUUUUAGUGGCCUACAGCAACUGCUUGUUUUAAAUUUAAGCUCAAAUCAUCUUUCAAGUAAUCUAAUUCAUCAACCAUUUAUUGAUCUAAUUCGUUUGGUUCUAUUAGAUCUCAGGAACAAUGAAUUAACAUUCAUAAACAGCACUUUAUUAUUAUCCCAGUAUUCACUCCAGAUGCUCUUUCUUUCGCAUAACAAAAUCAGUUUUAUUGAAGAUAAUUCAUUUUCAUCUUUAUAUAAUCUUCAUACGAUCGAUCUUUCUCACAAUCAUUUAGAAUAUUUAGAUGCCUUUACUCUAAAUGGUUUAUAUGUUUUAAGUGAUUUAAAUCUUGCUUUUAAUAAUAUUUUAAUGAUUCAUCCAGAUACUUUUAAGAACUGUAGUACCUUAGAAAAAUUGUCUCUUCAAAGUAACAAUUUAAGUUUUAUACCAGAUUCAUUAGCUGCAUUACAAUUUCUGAAAAGCCUUAAUUUAGAAAAUAAUGAUAUAUCUGAUCUGUAUAAUUCUUCUUUGUUAUUAUUAAAGCAACUUCGUUACAUUAAUCUCUCUCAAAACAAAAUAGGUAAUUUAACUUCUAAAAAUUUCAAACUCCUGCCUAUUCUAAAAGAGUUAGAUUUAUCAAAAAAUCAGAUCUAUAAUUUACAGCAUGGUGUUUUUGAUGAUAUUGAAUCAUUAAUAAAAGUUGAUUUAAGUGAUAAUUUCUUGACUGAUAUAAAUGGAUUAUUCAUGAACUUAAAGGUACUUAAGCAUGUAAAUGUAUCAAGGAAUAAAGUUCAGUGGUUUGAUUAUGCUGUUAUACCUGUUCAACUAGAAAAAUUAGACCUUCAUAGUAAUGAAAUUGAGAUUUUAGGAAAUUAUUAUGAAUUAGAAAAUACUCUUCAAUUAGUUCAAAUAGAUGUUUCAUAUAAUUAUUUAGUUGAUGUUAAUGGGGCUUCCUUUCCCAACAAAAUUAAAGUUAUAAGAAUUAAUAAUAAUCGAAUUAGUAAUAUACAUCCUUUUACCUUUAUUGCUAAAAGCAAUCUGACGUAUGUAGAUAUAUCUAACAACAAAAUUCAAAACUUAGAUAUUAAUACUUUUCGUCUUAACCAAAAUACUCUUAAGAAACCAUUACCGCAAUUUGCUAUUUCAGGAAACCCAUUUUUCUGUGAUUGCAAUAUGGAAUGGCUUCAUCAUAUAAACAAGCCAGAUGGUAGUAAUAAUUUCCCUCGGAUAAUUGAUUUUAAUGAGGUAGUGUGCAAACUAUCAUUUACUCGACCUCAUUCAUACAUACAUUUAUCUAAGUCAAAAUCGUCAGAUUUUCUCUGCAAAUAUGGAAGCCAUUGUUUUGCUCUAUGCCAUUGCUGUGAAUUUGAUGCUUGUGAUUGUGAAAUGGUAUGUCCUGAUGAAUGCACUUGCUUUUCAGACCAAACUUGGAAUACUAAUAUUGUAGAUUGCAGCUCACAAGGUUAUGCAUCUAUACCUUCAGUUGUACCAAUGGAUGUUACUGACUUAUAUCUGGAUGGUAAUGAUAUAAGUCGUUUAUCUAGUCAUGCUUUCAUAGGUCGUAAAAAUAUGAGAACAUUGUUUUUGAACAAUAGUAAUGUUCACACAAUAGAUAAUCGAACGUUUAAUGGACUUGUAAAUCUUCGGAUCUUGAACAUCGAAAAUAAUCACUUGCCUGCUCUUUAUGGUUAUGAAUUUGAAAGUUUAAUACACUUAGAAGAAUUAUACUUAUCAGGCAACAAAAUUACAUUUGUUGCUAAUAUAACUUUUCAAAAUUUAAAAAUGUUAUCGAUAUUACAUUUAAAUCAUAAUUUUAUCAAAGAAUUUCAAGUAUGGAAUUUGAAUUGGAACUCUCGAUUAACGAGUGUCCGAUUAAGCCAUAAUCCUUGGAUUUGCAAUUGUGAUUACUUGGAGUUGUUUCACGAAUGGCUACAUGGUGCUUCUUUUGUACGAGAUGUCGAAUCAAUACAAUGUCGAUAUAAUGAAACAGCUGGACUGUACUUAACUGCAUUUAACAUGUCAUCCUGUUCACAACCGAAUUAUAGAAAUUAUUUUGAAUUAACCUUCCACUUAUAUUAUAUUGCCAUUCCCAUUAUCAGUUUACUGUUAAUCAUCAUGAUAUUAAUAUGUUUAUGUAGGCAUAAUAUCAAAGUUUGGUUGUACACGAAAUAUGGAAUUCGUCUCUUCAAGCGAAAUACUUAUACUGCUGAAUCUGAAAAGCUAUUCGACGCCUUUGUGUCUUAUUGUAAUAAAGAUGAGACUUUUGUUUUACAGUUUUUAACUCCUGAAUUGGAAUGUGGUGAACCGUCCUAUAGACUUUGCCUGCGAUAUCGUGACCUCCCUCUUUCAGAAUAUGUUGCAGAAGCUGUUACAGAAGCCAUUGAAUGCAGUCAACGGACUAUUAUCGUCCUGUCAGAACACUUUCUACGAAACGAACGUUGUCGUUUCGAAUUAAAAACGGCUUAUCGUGAAUCCCAGUGCAACCACAAACAUAAACUUCUCAUUGUUGUUGUAGGUAAAAUUUCAUUCAAGUCUCUUGAUUCUGAUGCUAAACAAUGUCUUAGCAAUGCACACAUUAUACAUUGGGGUGAUAAAAGAUUUUGGCAAAAAGUAAAGUUUAUUAUGCCUAAUGUCAAUCCAAGAACUGUGUUAAGGUAGCUAUGUUAAAAAAACAUUUCCAUCCACAUGUGAAAUUUCUUUCAUUAUAUACACUGGUGUGAGAAACUUAAAAAAUUCACUAAUAUGAAAACAGCUUUCCCUCUACUCUAGUAGCAUGAAAUGCUUCACAUUUUGGAAGAUCAUAAUUUUCAUUGUGUUCACCAAUGCCCAUUCAAGGAUUGUAUAAACUAUGUUUGUAUAGAAAAAGAAAGAAAACUAGUUUUCUUUUUGGAUAACAAUUGUAAUUAACUAUUUUUAUUCCAUUAAAGAAAAUAAAAAUUAAACUAUAUUACUGACUAUCAGUUUGCUAACAUGCUUUUUGAGCUGUGCUUGUUUUAAAAGGUUCAAUAAGUUGUUCAUGUAUCAUGUUCAUCAAAACACUUUUUACUUAAGCAAAAUUAACUUUCUCUUUAAAUUUGAAAACUCUUUUUUUUUUCCAAUUGCAUUCUAAUUUUCAUGUUCAUUUACAAAAACCUGCAUUUUUUACUUUGUUUUAUUUUAUUUUAUACUUAGACCUUAGUGAAAUUUCCAAACACAUUUUUUUUUAGUUCACAAACUAGAUUAUGAAAUUGAUUCCUAAAUGUCAUUAGUAUACAGCAUACAUGAACAAACUGCUUCAAAUAACUUAAGAUCAAGUUUAAUCUUAUUUGAAAGACACGUUUUAAAUUUGCUAUUUAAUUUUUGCUACCUAUAAAUUGGUGGCUCUAUGUAAUAAACAUAAAAUUCGUACUUUAAAACAUUAAGAUUACAUUUUAAUUCAUAAAAAUUCCAUCAUUAGAUAAAAAUCUAAUUUUAACUCACUUUUAUUUUUAUUAAUGCAUACUACAUUAAUAAGGACUAAAGCUUGUACAAAUAUUUUUUACCUUGUAAAGAUGAAUGAUAAGUUUUACAUGCCAGUGUAAAUAUAUGAUCUUUUUUUAUGUUUUUAAGCUGUUUACUUUUUUUACAUUUAUGUUUUAAUAUGUGAUUUAUUGAUUAGAUUUAUUUGAUAAAGAAUUUUUAGUUGUAAAUAUUUUUAUGAUAUUCACUUAUAUAUUUAGAAAUAAGAAUAUUUUUUACCAAUAAAUUGUUACUUAAAUUGUCGAAUGAAGUUAUUUAUGUAUUUCUAUGUUAAAGACUAGUAAGUAACUUUUAGAUAAAAGUAAGUUAAAAAAUGAAAAAAAAAAUUCUUAAUGAAUGCUAAACUUGAAAAAUCAGAACUGUACAUUUUUUAUGAUUUCAUUUUAAGAAAAUUCCAUGUGAAAUUAGAUACAUUUGAUACUAUUCAGGUAAUUAAAACUGUUGCCUAUUAUUACAUAAAAAGUGAGAAAUAAACUUCUCACUUUUGCACAAUGUAUUUAUAAAAAUCAGUGAUUUUAUUACAUAAUAAUAUUUUUAAGAUCCAUUGGAAAAUUAAAUGUGUAAAUGUACUUCAUAUAUUGCAGGAAACACUUUUGAAAGUCAAAAAGUGUUGCUAUAUUCUCAUUUCUAGUCAAACAAAAAAAACAAAAAAAAACUUGUACUAUGGAAUAACACAAUUAAUGUUGUGCUUUUGUGAUUUUCAGAUUUGUGAAUUUCUCCUUUAAAAUAUUAAUAGUUAUUAUUAUUUGUAUGUAAAAAAAUAUUUAAUUAAUAUAAAAUAUUUUCAUUGGUUAAGUUGCAAAUUAUAUUUCUUAGUUGUGAUACGUGAGGUGUUUACUCAAAGAGAAAGUAGCUCUAUUUUAUUGUUAAAGGUUUUAAAAUGGCAGGAUUUGUAAUGGACUUCAGUAUUUAUCUUCAAAUAACUUAAGUGAUAAAUGUAAUAAAAAAUAAUGCACUGUUGUAAUAAAUCAAGUAGGAGUUCCUAGCAUUUUAAAAUAAUGAAAAUGGGUUUAUGUCUUUUUUGUUAACAGACUCUUUAAAACUCAUAUUUUAUCCAACUAAAUAACAAUCGAUCAAUGUAUGAUAUGUAUAAGCAUGUGCAGUGCACAAAAAAAUACAUCAUGAAUAACUUCUUAUCUAUUAUUUGGAAAUUCUAAAAUCUUAGUUGUUCUAAAAAGACAAUUGACGUCUUCUUUUUUUUUUUUUUUUUUUUUUUUUUUUUUUUUUUUUUUUGCUAAUUUAUUAGUGCAGAUGAUAUUUUCAGUUUUGAAAUCAGACACAAAAAAUUUUCUCUUGAAAACUUUAUUUCUCUGAAUAAUCUAAGUUUUUGUCCCUGGAAAUAUGAGGGGAAUCCAUCACAGUUUGGAAAUCAUAAUCCCAAUAUUUAGGCCGAAAGAAUGGUUGUAUAGUAGACCAUUUUUUGGGGGGUUAGGUGACUAUUUAUGUAAAUCAAAAUAUUAUUUAUAACUAUAAAACUCUUUUUAUCCUAUUUCUAAGAUACAUUUUUAUCAUUUUAUUUAAAAAUAAUAAGAAAUGUAUGAAUUUUCAGUGCCUUUUUUAAAUCUUUAACUUGAAUCAUCUUAACCAUCUGGGUUAAUUAAUUAGCAUAUUUAAGAUACGUUUUUCAAACCGUUAAAAUUUUUUCUUAGUGUAAGAAUUUAUUCAUAAUGUAACUUUUUUGCAUGUUUCUUUUAUCUUUGUUAAAUUAUUUAUUUCUGAUACGUAAUUAAGUUACGGAAUCAGUAAUAGCAUAUGUUGAAUGUUUUCAGGUUCUAAAAUAAAUUUGUUACAGUGUUAGAUGCAUUAAUUAUCGAGCUUUUCUUUCAUUAUUAAGUACAAUGCCCAUUUUAUUACGUUUAUCACAUGUUAAUUUAUGUACAUGAGUUUUUUGGUAAUUUUUUUAGUGUAUCUUAGAACUUAUGUCAUACUUAUUGAAAGUACUUUAAUAAAAUUUUAAAUGUA